AUGAAAAAUGUAACUAUAUUUAUUAUUGUUUUCUAUUUUAUUAAUUCAUAUAAAUGCUUUGAUUUACCACCUCAAAUUCAAAUCGGAGCUAUUUUUGAUACACAUGAUACAUUAUCUCGACAAGCAUUUGAAUAUGCUGUAGCAAAAAUAAAUUUACAAUCUCAAAUUUUAAAACGAUCAAAAAUUGUCGUCAAUCGUAUCGAUAUGGUUGAUGCAUAUCAUAGUUUUUCAGCAUAUAAAAUGGUAUGUGCACAAAUCGAAACUGGUAUUGCUGCUUUAUUUAUUGGUCAACUUACACCAUCAUUAGAAUUUAUUAGUUCAUUAACACGACAAUUACAUAUUCCGUUAUUUUUAUCAUCACCUGAUCCACAAACAAAAGUUGAAUACUAUAUAAUUAACGUUUAUCCACAUUAUACAGCAACUAGUCAGGCAUUUAGUGAUCUUAUUAAAUUUCAACAAUGGGAAGAAUUAGCUAUAAUAACUGAACGUGCUGAAAAUUUACUUUAUUUACAAGAUUUACUUAAAUUAUCUUCCGAUCAAAGUCAAAUGAAAGUUACUGUAAGACAAUUACGAGGUCGUCCAGGAAAUAAUACAUGGCAUCCAUUACUUGAACAAUUACGAGAAACAGGAAUUUCAAAAUUUUUAGUUGAUGUCAGAAUCGAUAAUUUAGAUGAUUUUUUUAAACAUGCAAAAGUUGUUGGAUUAGUUGGACCCUAUUAUGAUUUUGUAUUAACUUCAUUAGAUAUUUCAGUUGUUAAAUGGAGUACUAUUUUAUAUACAUUAGUCAAUAUAACUGGUUUACAAUUUUUUGGUCGAGAUGAUCCAGCAGUUGAUGAAUUUUAUGAAAAAAAUAUUUUGAACGAAAAUGCACCUUUGAAAGCAAAUGAACGUUCAUUACGAGUAUCUGCAGCAUUAAUUUAUGAUGCUGUUUAUUUCUUUGCUCGUGCACUUAGUAAAUUUGUUGAACAAAGUCCAUUCAAUAUUACACCAUUAACUUGUGAAGCACAAAAACCAUGGGUUCAUGGUUCAGCAUUUGCUUUGUUUCUAAAAACUUUUGAAGCAAAUGGUAUAACGGGAAAAAUCAAAUUUGAUGAAAAUGGUGUACGAACUGAUGUAUCACUUGAAGUUGUUGAUUUAGGUGCCGAUGGUGUUGUUAAAAAUGGUCGAUGGUCAGCAAAUGCUCCUAAUCGACUUGAAAUUCAUCGAAAUUUUACAAAAGAUUAUGAAACAAGAAAACAGGAAAUACAACAUCAAAAAUUAAAAAUAACAUCAGUUAUUGAACCACCUUAUGUUAUGUGGAAUCAAAAUGGUACUAAUUCUACGCAAGCAUUUGAAGGAUUUUGUAUAGAUAUUUUACUUGAUUUAGCUGAAAGACUUAAUUUUACAUUUGAAAUUGAAAUCGUUAAAGAUGCAACAUUUGGAAAAAAGAAUGAACAAGGAGAAUGGAAUGGAAUUAUUGGAGAAUUAGUCUAUCGAAGAGCCGAUUUAGGUCUAGCUGGAUUAACGAUCACGUAUCAACGAGAACAGGCAAUUGAUUUUACAAAACCAUUUUUAACACUUGGCAUCAAUAUUCUAUUUAAAAAAGCUAAACGUAUUAAACCAAAAUUAUUCGGUUUUUUUUCACCACUAAGUGUUGAUGUAUGGCUUUAUAUGAUUGCAGCAUAUUUUGUUGUUAGUUUUGCUCUUUAUCUGGCUGGAAGAUUAUCACCAUUUGAAUGGCGUAGUCCACAUCCAUGUAAACGAAAUGGUGAAGUAUUAGAAAAUCAGUUUACAUUAUUUAAUUCAUUUUGGUUUCUUAUAUGUAAUAUUAUGCAACAAGGUACAGAAAUAAAUCCAGUAGCACCAUCAACACGUAUGAUGAGUUGUCUUUGGGCAUUUUGUACUUUAAUUCUUGUUUCAUCAUAUACAGCUAAUCUUGCGGCUUUUUUAACUGUUCAACGUAUGCAAACGCCUAUUGAAAAUGCUGACGAUUUAGCAGGACAAACUAAAAUUAGCUAUGGUGUACAACGUGGUGGUUCAACUGAAAAUUUUUUUCGAGAAUCUAAAUUUCCAACUUAUGAACGAAUGUGGAAUUAUAUGUUAGCAAAUCAAGCAACUGUUAGUGUUCGAUCGAGUCAAGAAGGGAUUGCUAAAGUAUUACAAGGCAAUUAUGCUUUUCUUAUGGAAUCGACAACAAGUGAAUAUAAUAUAAUGAGAAAUUGUGAAUUAACAUCGAUUGGUGGUUUACUUGAUUCGAAAGGUUAUGGUUUUGGUGUACCGCAGAAUUCACCUUAUCGUGAUAUAUUAAGUGAUACAAUCUUAAAAUUACAAGAUGAAGGUGUUAUACAAAAAUAUUAUAAUAAAUGGUGGAAAGAAGCAGCAAAUAUAAAAUGUGAUCGAGAAGAUAAAAGAAAAGAUUUAGCAGCAGAAUUAGGUUUUGCAAAUAUUGGUGGAGUAUUUGUUAUACUUGCGGUUGGAUUAGUUCUAUCGAUGAUUGUUGCUGCAGUAGAAUUUACGAUUAAAAUACGCAAUAGAAAAGGAGGACAGACUUCAAUACGUAAAGAAAUGGCACGUUAUUUUCGUUUUGCACUCUCGAAUGUAAGUGCACCAAAACGACGAACUAGUAAAACAGCGGAUGAUAUUCCAUCAUUUGGCUCUGCAAAUCAAGUUCAUAUUAUAGAAAAAGAUUAUUAA